UUUUGAACUGGCAACACUGCACUUAACCUCACUUUUUUCAUUCUCACCAAAUUUGAAAUGUUUUCACGUUUUCUCAUUUUCCUCACCUUUCAAAUUCUUGUGGAAGGCACUCUGACGCCAAAGUCGCGCAAAGACAACAAAUUCGUGAAUAUCAAAACGGGGCCCCAAAAUGUGACUGUCUUUCACCGGAAUUUGGUGACGGAAAGUGUCACCCCUCGGGAGAUUUUGCAACAUUAUCAAGGGUAUUUCCGGGAGGUUGACCACUACCAGUACGAUGGUCUUGUGUUGGGUUAUGUCACUCCUUGGAACAACGAGGGGUACGACAUUGCGAAAAUCUUCGGUAACAAAUUCACCCACAUCAGCCCCGUUUGGUUGGAAAUGAAAAAAUCGGGAAAAAAAUUUGACUUCAAGGGGGCCCACGAUAUUGAUAAAAACUGGAUGGCACAUGUGAAAAACGCAGGACGGGAGAGGAAACUCAAAAUUGUUCCUAGAAUUCUAUUCAGUGGUUUGAACGAGAACCAAAUGAACUCGUUAUUUGACCCGAAAGAACUCAAAUCCUUGAUUAAAACACUGAUAACCACCGCAAAAUCGCACAAUUUCGAUGGUUACGUGCUCGAGCUUUGGCCCCAACUCCAGAUGGACAUGAAUUACGACCCGUUGGUCAACCUUGUCAAAACCAUCGGGGAUUCCCUCGCUUUGGAAUCCCUCGACACCAUCCUGGUAAUUCCCCCGAAACGGGGCCGCAAUUUGCCCUUCUCUGAGGAGCAUUUCAACGCAUUGUACGACCACGUGACGGGGUUCUCCCUCAUGACUUAUGAUUAUUCCAAUCCGAGACGGCCGGGCCCCAACGCCCCCUUGUCCUGGGUCGAAGACUGCGUCAAAACCGUGUGUUCGGACACCUCCAAACGGGGGAAAAUCCUCACCGGGCUUAACUUCUACGGGAAUCACUAUUCCGAAGUUGGGGGGAAACCCCUCCUCGGACACGAAUUUAUACGAAAGUUGGAGGAGAAAUUAAAAACAGCGAGGAUGGUUUAUGAUCCACAAAUCGGCGAACAUUACGUCGAAUACGAGGAAACAAACGGGAAACAUUUACUCUUCUACCCCACUUUGUAUUCGCUCAAUAAGAGAAUUGAACUGUGCAAAAAACUAGGAACAGGGAUUUCCAUCUGGGAGUUGGGUCAAGGAUUGCGAUAUUUUUACGAUUUGUUUUGAUUUUCUUAAUAAAUUCUUACAACUAAGCUGCUUCCACUUCAAAGUUUCGCAUGCCCAUCAUGGAUUGGGGCCCUUGGAUCACUUUGUAGACCAAAGCCCAGUUUAGUUUCGCCGGAAGGAAGCUGAAAAAUCGCAUGGAAAACUGAAUUUCCUGAAUUUUAUAUCAUUUUGUUCGUCUCAGUGAGACAAAUCAAAUGCACUAAAAAAAUUUCAAAAAGUCCACACACUUUGA